ACACCUAAUUACGAGCGACUCAGGCAGGCGCCAAAUUGAACUCACCAGCUCCAUCCUUUGGACUUCACCUCGUCUUUCCUGCGCCGCUUACGCUUCCGACGUAGAGGCUCCACAGCCACCAUAAUGUCUUUGCUGGAAGUAAUUAUUAAAGCUUCAUCAACUGCCCCAACCCACCCGGACCCAGAUUCCAACUACCCGAUUGUGUUCAAUCCGGACCCUAUUCUCCUCAAACUAAAGCCUGAAACCGAUGAACUGAAAGAGGAAAACCCAAUUAAACGGGUUACAGGAUGGGAAAUAUCGCAAACGGAUGCUGAAAUGAUCGAAACAGGGCAAAGAUUUUUCAAGAAGUUGAAAAGAAAGUUGAAAAACACCAACACGUUUAGUAAAGACGAAUUCUUGGGUAUGUUUACUUCUUACUUGGAGAAAGUUGGGGAGAAAGUUGGAAUUUCCGUAGGUGUUGAUAAGUCAGACGAAGGGUAUCCUCUCAAGUUGGUUGACAGGUUAGGGUUUUUCAUGGGCAGGGAUGUGAAGAGCUUAAUUUUAGAGGCUUGUGUUACUUUGGAGGUUUGGGAUACUUUGAAGAGUUUGAUAAUUAAUGGGAAUGUUGAACAUUUGUGUAUAUCCAAUUUGGUUCACAAUUUGAUAGAAAAACGGAGGUCGGAUUUAGUUGUUUUGUGUGUGAAGCAUUUAUCUGAUCUCCAGACAUAUGAUUUGAUGUGCAUUUUGAAGUAUUUUCUAUUACCGCCUCGGGAUGGAUAUGAGAGUCUAGUUAGCGUGAGGAAGGAGUGGGAGAACCAAGCAUUGUUAGCCAUCGAGAAGGUGGGUGAUAGGGGACUUGGUGGGAAACAAAACAGCUUGGCGAGGGAAGCGUCGUUUUUGCUCAUGGUGGCGCAUGAUGAAUUCACAGUGUCGGAAUUGUGCUUGCAUUAUUUGCUUGCAUCACUAGAUCUCGAUGAGGUGAUCUUUUCAGCUUGUGUUAGUAAGUUGAAUGGUGAGGAGAUGAUGGCUUUGAUUAAUUAUUUAGGGAAGUGGCUGAGGAAAUAUGAGAAAUUCCCUCAAGUGGCUCCUUGUCCUAAAGCAUCAUCCAUGUUGGGGUUGAAGGCGUGCGAAUGGGUUCCAACUUUUGAAAGCGUUGUGAAAUGUCUUGGAUUGGUUGUAGACAAGCAUUUCUCUUCUUUGGUUUUGCAUUCAGAGUUUCAUGAUGAGUUGAGAUCUUUAGAGGAAGUGGUUAGUUCAUUAGUUGCUGAAGCACGACUCUGUGGUACUUUGACAAAUUUGACCGAAAGAUUGAGAGGCGAACACCAGGGUAUGCCAGCAGCAGUGAUGCUUCAGAAUGUUUCGGAUUCUUGAAGAUGAAUGAUCCAAAGGAGUUAUCAGGGAAUAUAUCAACUUUCAGCUGGCGAUUGGGGGUGCUUGAAUCAGUGGAUGAACGUCAAGAUUGCUAGAAUGUUUGUAACAAUAUUUUUCCUGAAAAUUUCUCAGGAUUGCUACGCCAUAUGCAUCUUUCUUAGUUACUGGUCCUUGAGCCAAUUUUGGAACAAAGUCAUCAAAAUUUCUUCUUUUCAUACCUUCAAGUUUAAUGUAUGUUUACGUCUCUAUAUUUCAUGGGCUAAAAGUAUUGCUUGAAUCUUUUAAGGCAUGGAUGAUUAUCAGCAUAAA